AUGAUUCAAGUGAUUCUCUUCUUAGUUGUGGUGGUGUGUGUUCUCGUGGGGGUAGCGUUUUUCACUUUAUUUGAGCGUAAGCUAUUAGGGUACAUUCAGUUGCGUAAGGGGCCUAAUAAAGUAGGCUUGGGGGGGGUUCUUCAGCCCUUUUCUGACGCAAUUAAAUUGUUUUCAAAGGAGCACGUUUCCCCUUCCACCUCUAACUAUUCAGCCUUUUUAAUUGCCCCUUGUUUUAGUUUGGGGCUAUCUCUUCUUAUAUGGCUAAGAAUUCCUUCUUUUUUUAAUUUACUCUCUUUUAAUAAGAGCGUACUCUUUUUCUUAUGCGGUCUAGGCGUUGGUGUUUAUGGGCUUCUCGCGGCAGGGUGGAGAUCUAAUUCUAAGUAUUCUCUUAUUGGAUGUCUACGAGGAGUAGCCCAGACUGUUUCUUACGAGGUAAGAUUAGUUUUAAUUUUGUUUACCCCUUUAGUAGUAACUGUGGGGUAUGAGUUGGGCAGUUUCUCUUCUUUUCAAGAAAAUUUAUGGUUUAUUUUUAUCUUUCCUGCCGCAGGAUUAAUUUGAUUUAUUUCUUGUCUUGCUGAGACUAAUCGUACCCCAUUCGAUUUUGCUGAGGGGGAGUCUGAGCUUGUGUCGGGUUAUAACACGGAGUACAGAAGUGGGGGGUUUGCUUUAAUUAUAUUAGCGGAGUAUACUAGAAUCUUAUUUAUAUCUUUUCUAUUUAGUGUCAUUUUUUUGGGGGGUGAUUGUUCUUUUUUUGUGCUAGUCUCUUUUGGAGUAAUAGCUUUUAUUUUUGUUUGAGUUCGAGGGACUCUUCCCCGAUUUCGGUACGAUAAAUUAAUAUAUUUAGCUUGGAAGUUUUUCUUACCUUUUUCUAUUUCGUAUUUAGUACUGAUAGCAGGGCUAUUAAGUAUGUUGUUCUUAGGGUUUAAAGAGUGCUAA